AGCUGCGGAGCGAGGGGCAUGCGGGGUGUCCCAAGGUCAGCGGGGCGUGCCUCCUCGUUGCAGGUGUGAAUACCUCUGCCGUAUCGUGGAGUGGCUUGCAGGAGAACAGUGUACACAGCCACAAAGAACAUGACAAGCAGCAGUCCACCAGUGUUAUGCUAGAAGAUGACAGUCACCCGUCCACCAGUGUCACAAGAGAGGGCAAAGAUGGGAUUCACCAGUUCACCAUUGAGAGAAAAGAUGGCACUCAGCAGUCCAGCUCAUCACUGUGCCCUGCUUCACCAGAGCCACCACUCUUACCCCUUCUCCCCCCCUCAGCCAGAGACAAAGGGUAUGCGUGGGUGAUAGUCUGGGCAGUGUUCGGCAUCAACACCCUUGUUGCCGGCUACAUCAAGAGCUUUGGUAUCAUGUACCUCCUGCUGCUACAGCACUUCCCUGAGGCAUCAGGAGCAGAGUCUGCCUGGGUCAUGGGCCUGCUCUUUGGUACACGAAGUAUCCUGUCACCUUUCAUGGGAGCCCUGACAGUGAAAUUUGGGCCUCGGCGGUGUUGUCUUCUCGGCACAGUUUUGAUCAUACUCGGCCUGCUGCUUGCCAUCCCCAUGUUUUCCAUCUUAUACAUGGCCUUAACACUGGGUGCUAUCGUAGGGGUCGGCCUUUGCAUGAGUGAGACGCCUGGCUAUAUACUAGUCAACGAUUACUUUCUGGAGAGGCGACCAACAGCUAACGGCUGUCGUGCAGCAGGGAACUCCACGGGUGGUAUUCUGUUCCCUCCACUGCUGGUGUUCCUCAAUGAGCAGUUUGGUCUCCAGGGGACCUUCAUCAUGCUGGCAGGCACCAUGAUGCACCUGGCUGUUCUGGGCUCUCUCCUGCGUCCCUUUGAGCUGCACCAACGCAUGAUCCAUCACCAGCACACUAAGACAAUACAGGAAACCCAGGGCACUACCUCCACCACCACCAUGUACAGUGACAUGGCAGUGCACACACACAAAGAUAAACACCCCAGCAAGAAGGCGCUGGACUUCACACUAUUCAAGAACCCGCAAUACCUCAUCUAUCUGGGCUUGGCAAUAUCAGUCACCAUGGCGCUGCCCAACUUUUUGGUCUUUGUCCCAGCAUAUGCAUUCUCAGUGGGGCUCACUGAGUAUCAGAUCUCUAUCAUCACCUCCUACUUCUCGGGCGCAGAUGUUGUGUUACGCUUGCUUUCUGGCUAUCUCACCGACAAGCUGAGCCUCAAUGGGGCACACAUCUUCACAGUAGGGCUGGUGGUGGGGGGUGUGGGCUGUAUGCUGGUGCCCCUGUGCUCUACCAUAUGGCAGAUCAUUCUUGCCAUCACUCUUUUCGCCUUCGGUAUGGCAACUUUCUGGGCACUUAUCAACACUCUAAUGGCAGACGAAUUUGGAGCUGAGUUGACGGCCUCCACCUGGGGCUUCUUCAGGAUGGUGCAGGGCAUCUGUGGCUUCAUAUAUCCAUCUCUUCUUGGACUGGCCAAGGAUGUGACAGGAGGCUAUGCCGUGCCUUUCCUCAUCAUGGGGAGUGCCUUCAUCGUAGGAUCUGGUAUAUUCCUUCUGCGGUCUCUUGUGGCCAAGUGCUCCGAUAAAAGAGCCGAGAGACACCUGUCCUGAAGGCCUCAGUAAUGAUCUCCAGGAAGUGGUGGGCAAGUUAAUGAAAAAAGUGGUGUCAUUAACCAUUAAUCUGUUAAAUCAGGUAAUCAGCUUUGUUAAGGGUAAUCAGUUAAUUCUGCCAAAAUUUAACCUAUGAUUCCAUUAAUCUGUUAGUCUGCUAGUUUUGUAUAAAUGAAACUCAAUUUUCCUUCAUAAAAGCCACUCUUGCUGGUAGAAAA